AUGACCAUCUCCACACGUAUCCGUGGCGAGCUCUUCGCCACGACCAAGCCAAGCGUCGACAUUGAGCCUGCGAGUCCGCAACUCAUUCGGCUACCGCUCACACGACCACCAAAUGUGCCCAGCAGCAAGAAGAAACCCCAGAAGAAACCCAAAAAAUUGACAAAGCCCACGAAGUUUAAAGUGAAAAAUGAAUUGGAAGAUCGACAAACGCCGCACCGUCACGGUUUGCCAUGGACGACCGACGAGCACGAUCGCUUCUUACAGGGAUUAGAGCGCUACCCGUCCGGCCCCUGGAAAGCUAUCGCGGCCUUUGUGGGCACCCGCACGCCGCGCCAGACCAUGACGCAUGCACAGAAGUACCGUCAGAAGAUCCAGCGUCGUCGUCGAGGACUCUUGACCUCUUCGCGGCAGCCCGUGCCCGUGACGUCGGAGCUGUACGGAGGACUCACGAUCACUACUAACGCUACAGACUGCGAUGCAGUGACCAGAACGUCGCCAACGUCGCUGGACGCAGCACUAAAAUCGACUGAUCAGCAAAUAUCUCCGCUUGAGAGUAACUGGUUCGAUAAGGUGAAAGUGAAAGUGGCGACUGUGUCGAUCUCCGUGCGACCUACGACCAUCUUCGAUAAUCAGGACGUGACGGCACCGUACACGCAAUACAUUUUCAAACUCCGGAGUGCCACAAACACUAAAGAGGGGUGGAAGCUUCGUAAACGGGACUCGGACUUCCAGCUAGACGUGUUGCUUGGCGCACCAGAAGCAUUGAAAGGCAACUUCCUCGAGGAAAUUGUAUGUGUUAACGCGGUUUUCGUCGAGAUUGAGCGGUUCUUGGAGAUCCCACCGGAGCGCAAGGCCAUUGAGGCCAAGUUGACCCGAGCAGUAAAGGCAUUGAACGAUGGCUGGAUUCGUCCUGAAGAUAUGGCCAUCACGGAGUUCCUGGACGACGAGACCAAGGAUCUCAUCUGUAUUCCAUGCAUCUCAAACUCGCUUCAGCAGCAUCCUUCGACUCCAACACUGUUGCUACAGGUGCCAACUCGAACAGCCGAAUCGACGAAAGGAGAACGCUGGACAGAAGACGAGCACGAACGAUUCCUGCUCGGUAUGGAGCUUUUCAAAGAGGGGCCCUGGAAAAAGAUCGCUAACGUUGUCGGCACCCGCGAUACUCGACAGACCAUGAGCCAUGCACAGAAAUAUCGCCAGAAGAUCAAGCGACGCAAGUUGGGGCUGCCGGCAACGGAACCACCACGUCGUGCUGAUGAAUCUCGUGCUACCUCCACUACGAAAAAGUUGCGAGCGACGAGGCCAGCUGAGACCGUAACAACAGCAACAGGUUCGCCACGGGAAGCGCUGGAUGACGCGCCACGUGUGAUGAGUGGAAGCGAGCGAAGUCUUGCGGAGAGCAGCACUGUAGACAGUGCGGACGGCAACACUCAGGGUUCAAUAACCGAGGCAGACACUAGCGCGGAUACUAGGAUGAACCAGCAACUCGACACGACAGAGCCGCUUGACAUCGUCUCGGUGGUCCACAAUAGCUGGCUCGGGCCAGAUGAGCUGUGGGAUUUCCUCGAUGGACGUCCGAUCGCUCUGCCUGAUGUGGUCGUAGUGCUGAAAGGAUGA